AUGAUAAGAUUAAAAAAAGAUACAACUACAGCAUCAGCAGCGGUAGUAUCCUUAUUCAGUUUAAUAUUAGCCAUUGUUUUUUUGAUUGGACCAUCGUCAUCACAAACAAUUGCCCAAAGUGAAUUGGAUUCAGUUCAAUGGUUAAUAUCACAAUAUGGACUUGGCUUCUUGGUAGCCAACCAAACAAUAUGUAACCAGUAUUCAACUUUUACUUGUACCACUGGAGGUGCUGGUAAAACUAUUUCAACAAUUGAUGAAAAUGAUUCAACAUUAUUACAAGUUCCAAUCAUGCCUACAAACUUUACAAAAUUAUCCAAAAUAUCAAUGUCAAAUGAUAAAUAUGAAUGGAAUGCCAAUAAUUUUUUUAAUGGUUCUAUUGUUCAAGAACUUAAACUUGGAUCUUAUGGAUCUAAAUUAACUAGUGUCUCUGUCAAUGAAACAUUGUACCUUCCAUUAUUAAAGAAAUUAACUAUAUUCUCAAAUAAUGUUAAUAACAAACAACUGGUAUUUACUCCAUCUUCAUUCCCAAAACUUGGUGAUUUAGAAUGUUCAUCUGAAGGUAAUAGUUCAUGGACCUAUUCUGUUAAUUGCACCACUCUUUACAGGGCAUAUCUAUCUGCUCUAGAAUCAUCCCAUAUGCAUUUUUCAAUUCAAGAUCCUUCAAAUAUGAGUUCUAUAACAUUUGAUGGAAAUAUUACUUGGUCACCAUCUGAUCUAGGAUUAUAUUAUAAUUUACUUAAUUUAGAAAUUACAGCAAGUAAAAAAUUAAAUACAUAUCCAUUUUCAAAAUGGCCACCAAAAUUAGAAUCAUUCACAAUAGAGUCUUUGAUCGAUAUAUCAAUACCUCUCAUACCUCUACCAUCCACAUUGAAAUUUUUUAAAAUGUCAUCAUCAUCAUUACAAGGUACUAUACCUACACAAGUAUUUUCCAAUCUUCCUGCCAAUUCUCAUAUCGAUCUAUCUAGUAACCCUGAUUUAUCAGGAACUAUACCAGACAGUUGGUGUAAAUAUCACCUUUUCAUUUUAGAUACAGCAGUGAUUGGUCCUCUGCCAGACUGUUUUUAUUGUUCUAUAAAUGAUACACUUGCCAUUACAACAGACUUGGUAGCUCCAUCUAAUUUUGUUUGUGAUUUCCAAAUCUAUAACAAAACAAUCAUUGUCCUAUUCGGAGAAGGUAGAAUUUAUGGAAAGAAUAUGGGUUGGGCAUAUUCAAUGGAUUUAAAUUCAAUCAUUCCAAAUGAAAUAUUUUCUUAUUUGUAUUUUAAAAAUAUAGGACCAAUUGAAGAAAAUAGAACAAUUAUGUUUCCAAGAGAACAAAUUGAUGGAUUCAGAAUUGUACCAGCUGGUAUUAGAGUAUUGGAUGAUUCUGAAAAGUUGGCCACUCAAGAACCAGGCAACAUUUAUCAUCAUCGAUUCUAUCUUGAAAAUGGAACUAAAGAAUGUACCCUUUUCAUGAAUACAACAGAUCCACAAGAAUUGUCAGUUGUCACAAUCGAUUGUUAUAAUUUAACAACUGGAACAUAUGAUCUUGAAACCACCAAUGGCUAUUAUUCAAUUGUUACUUCAAUUUCAAUUACUCAAGGAGCAUCAUCAGUUAAUAUAAAAUUUGAUACCAAUUCAACGAUUGAAAUAUUUGGAACAUUUAAUAGUUUAGCAGACAAUAAUUCAGUUUGGAUUAAUGGGACUGGAUGUACUAUCAAUAGUUUAAGUGAGACGAAUAUUAUUUGUCAACUUGAUAGUAUGCCACAUUUUGGGUAUCAACCCAUUACAGUCAUUCAAGAUGGAUUCUCCUAUACCAUUACCAUUUACAAUACCAUCGAUUUUAAAACAAAUCAACAAGAAUGUUUAAUACAAACCUAUAAUUGUUUUGGAAAUGGUUAUUGUCCUCUUAUUGCCAAUUCAACUUGUAUUUGUAAUACAUUAAAUUUCUAUCAAAAUUGUAGUAAAAAUUACCCAAAGUCAAUAUCAACAACAUUUACAAAAGAUAUAUUAGAAAUUAAAUUUUAUGGUGAUUUUGGACCAUAUGGAGAGGCCAAUCCUCAAGUUUACUUGGAACAACCACAAAACAACAACAAUAAUAUUACUUGUAAUGUUGUAUCAAUCAAUCAAACAUUAUUAAUAUGUACAUUGGAUAAAAUGCCAUUCCCUGGAUUCCCAACUGUUUAUAUUAUUAUUGAUAAUCUAGUUUUUAAAUCAAAUACCCAAUUGAAAAUUGAUGGCUCAUCCAGUACCUCAUCAUCAGAUGAAUCAAGUCAAUCAUCAUCUGGAGAAACACCUCAAUCAAAAUGUCAACAACAACAUUAUUGUUAUGGUCAUGGAACAUGUAAUGAUAAGGGUAAAUGUGAUUGCGAUACUGGAUAUUUCCCAAUUGAUAAUUGUAGAACUAAAUUUAGUAAUAGUACAACAAGUAAUUCAACAAUUAUACCAGAUGAAAAUUAUCCAAAUACAAUUAUAUCAAUUGAUGGAAUUAUAUUUUAUUUCAAUUUAGUGUCAAUUCAAGAGAUUGAUUUUAAUGAUAAUGUAUUGAGACAAGUUAAUCCAACCAAUCAAUCUUGGAAUGUUGUUUUAGAUACUGACCCAUUAACCAAUACAACAACAGUCAAUUAUCACCUAAAUAUCACAACUGAUAUUAUCUAUGAAUCCAAUUCAACAUCGAAUCUAAUUAAUACUACAACCAAGGAUAUUGGAGCUUACUCACUCACCAAUAUAACAUCAACUAUUUCAUUUUCACCUCUGGAGAGAAUAGUUGAUUUUGGUGACAAUGCCAUUACGAUUUAUCCAAACUCUAUUAAAAUGUCACUUGGUAUAGAGUCUUGGCCAUUCUCAUCAAACCUUGCAACACUCCGUGUAUUAUUCUCAGUGUUGAUCAAUGAUCAACAAUCUCAAACACUCGAUUCUUGUAAUACUGACCAAACACUAGAUAUCCCAACAUUCACCAAUACCAAUGAUAAUUCAUCUAUUGAAUAUCUAAGAGUUGUCAAAGACAAUAUUCAAUUCUUUGGUAGAUUUUUAGAUUAUAUAGUUAGUGACAAUGGAAGGAAAUCUUAUUCUCAAACUAAACUAUUAUCAUUGGAACCAUUAAAUAAUAAUAAUACAGAUAAUACAGACCAACUACAAUCAAUUGCCAUCAUUGGUAUUAGUCUACCUCAAUGUCAAUCAUGUCUUCUUGACCCAGAUUUUACACCUUUACUUAUUGACAAGGCUACUGAAUGCACUGAACCUAGCAAGACAUGGAGAAUAGUGGUCGGUGUAGUAGUUGUCGGUGUUGGUUUGGUGGCAGUAGGUGUUGGCUCUGUCAUGUUAUUCAAAAAGAUACAAUAUUCAAAAUUACAACAAAAGAAAAUGCAAUCAAAAUUAAGACAAUUUACAAAUAAUAAUAAUUAG